CCAGUAGGCGGCUGCGGAGGUAGCGGCGGGGAAAUUCAAAUGUGUUUGCGGAGAGGGAAGGGGAUUCCAUCUUUUCUUCCAAACUCCGCUUCCUGGAGGAGAGUCCUACCUCGCCAGGGCCGGGAGGGACGGCGGCGGCUGCUGUGUGGGCUUUUAGCCCCGCCGCGCGAGUCGCAAUGGAGGCUGAGGAUUUAGGUGGCAGAGAAUUGACAAUUGAUUCCAUAAUGAACAAAGUGAGAGAUAUAAAAAAUAAAUUUAAAAAUGAAGACCUUACUGAUGAGCUAAGCUUGAAUAAAGUCUCUGCUGAUACUACAGAUAACUCAGGAACUGUUAACCAAAUGAUGAUGAUGGCAAACAAUCCAGAGGACUGGUUGAAUUUAUUGCUCAAACUAGAGAAAAACAGUGUCCCUUUAAAUGAUGCCCUUUUAAAUAAAUUGAUUGGCCGUUACAAUCAAGCAAUUGAAGCACUUCCUCCAGAUAAAUACGGCCAGAAUGAGAGUUUUGCUAGAAUUCAAGUGAGAUUUGCUGAACUAAAAGCGAUUCAAGAGCCAGAUGAUGCACGUGACUACUUUCAGAUGGCCAGAGCAAACUGCAAGAAGUUUGCUUUUGUGCAUAUAUCUUUUGCACAGUUUGAGCUCUCACAAGGUAAUUUCAAAAAAAGUAAGCAACUUCUUCAUAAAGCUGUAGAAUGUGGGGCAGUGCCACUAGAAAUGCUAGAAGUUGCCAUUCGGAAUUUAAACCUCCAAAAAAAGCAGCUACUUUCAGAGGAGGAAAAGAAGAGUUUAUCAGCACCCACAGUAUCAAAUGUGCAGGAACCAUUCUCCAGUACACUUGGGCAUUUACAGAAUAGGAACAUCAGCUGUGAUUCCAGGGGACAGACUGCUAAAGCCAGGUUUUUGUAUGGAGAGAACAUACCCCCUCAAGAUGCAGAGACAGGCCAUCGGAAUCCCUUGAAACAAACAAACAAGGGUAAACGGGCAUGUCCAUUUGGAAGAGUCCCAGUUAACCUUCUAAGUAGCCCAGAUUAUCAUGAGAAGAUGGACGGUCCAGUGGUACCAACUUUUACUAAAAGACAGUUCUCUGGAUCAGAAUGCCGAGAUGCAGUUGUGCCUGGAACUAAAUCAAGUGGAAAUGAUUCCAGUGAACUGAGAAGUUUAAAGUCUGUUCAAAAUAUUCGUUCCAAGGAACCUCUGAUGACAGAUGAGAAGAGUUCUAAAAUUAUUACUGAUUCAAUAACUCUGAAGAAUAAAAAUGAAUCAAGUCUUCUAACAAAAUUAGAAGAAACUAAAGAACAUCAAGAACCAAAGAUUCCAGAAAGUAACCAGAAAUAUUGGCAAUCUAAGAACAAGUUGGAAAACCAGAAUCCUGAUGCAUCUUCAAAUCAGUGGCAAAUUCCAGAGAUGAUCCAAAAAGUUGAUACAGAGCCAAAACAAACCACUUUUGAGCAACCUGCCUUUUCAGUUUCAAAGCAGUCACCGCCAAUAUCAGCACCUAAGUGGAUUGACCCAAAAUCUAUUUGUAAGACACCCAGCAGCAGUGCCUUGGAUGAUUACAUGAGCUGUUUUAGAACUCCGGUUGUAAAGAAUGACUUUCCACCUGCUUGUCAGUUGUCAACACCCUAUAGCCAACUUGCCUGUUUCCAGCAACAACAGCAGCAAAUACCCGUUACUCCACUUCAGAAUUUACAGAUUUCAGCAUCCUCUUCAAAUGAAUGUAUUUCAGUUAAAGGGAAAAUAUAUUCCAUACUGAAGCAGAUAGGAAGUGGAGGUUCGAGUAAGGUAUUUCAGGUGUUGAAUGAAAAGAAACAGAUACAUGCUAUAAAGUAUGUGAACUUAGAAGAAGCAGACAGCCAAACAAUUGAUAGUUACCGGAAUGAAAUUGCUUAUCUGAAUAAACUACAACAGCACAGUGAUAAGAUCAUCCGACUUUAUGAUUACGAAAUCACAGACCAGUACAUCUACAUGGUAAUGGAGUGUGGAAAUAUUGAUCUCAAUAGUUGGCUUAAAAAGAAGAAAUCUAUCAAUCCAUGGGAACGCAAGAGUUACUGGAAAAAUAUGUUGGAGGCAGUUUACACAAUUCAUCAACAUGGUAUCAUUCACAGUGAUCUGAAACCUGCUAACUUUCUGAUAGUUGAUGGGAUGCUAAAGCUAAUUGAUUUUGGGAUUGCAAACCAAAUGCAACCAGAUACAACAAGUAUCAUUAAAGACUCUCAGGUCGGUACAGUUAAUUAUAUGCCACCAGAAGCAAUCAAAGAUAUGUCUUCCUCAAGAGAGAAUGGGAAAUCCAAAUCAAAGAUAAGCCCCAAAAGUGAUGUUUGGUCCUUGGGUUGCAUUUUGUACUAUAUGACUUACGGGAAAACACCAUUUCAGCAUAUAAUUAAUCAGAUUUCUAAAUUACAUGCCAUAAUUGACCCUAAUCAUGAAAUUGAAUUUCCUGAUAUUCCAGAGAAGGAUCUUCAAGAUGUAUUAAAGUGUUGUUUAAUAAGAGAUCCUAAAAAGAGGAUAUCCAUCCCUGAGCUUCUGGCACAUCCAUAUGUUCAGAUUCAAACUCAUCCAGGUAACCAAAUGGCUAAGGGAACCACUGAAGAAAUGAAAUAUGUCCUGGGCCAACUUGUUGGCCUGAAUUCUCCUAACUCGAUUUUGAAAGCUGCUAAAACUUUGUAUGAGCACUAUAGUGGUGGUGAAAGUCACGAUUCCUCUUCAUCAUCCGAGACUUUGGGGAAAAAAUGGGGGAAAAAAUGAUUUGCAGCUACUCAUAAACUGUCAGGUAUCACCUGUAAAAUAUUUUGGACUGUUAUACUCUUGAUUCUCUGUGGAAAUCUACUCAGCUUCACUCUGAAAUGUCACUGGCAGAAAAAUUCAGUGGAACUGUAAAAAUAACCACUAAUGUCAUGCUGUGUAUUAAAUUGUAGAUUGUUUUCUCUUUUACGCUCCUUUGUAAAUCCAAUGUAAUUGAUAUCACUUCACACUUGGGAUAGUGGGUGGAAAACCGAAAUAUAUUCUCAAGAACUAUGUAAAUAAGGCUUUGUAUAGUAUAAAAUGACACUAAAAUGUCAACAUUGCAGAAUUGUUUUCUUCAAGCAAAUAUAUUGCUGGUGAGCCAACAGAAUUCUUAAUUAAUAAAAAUUGGGUUAAGGAAAAAUGAGAGUAGACCUUACUCUCAUUUAUCUUUAUUUUAUGACACUUAUAAUAUGCAGAAUUUUAGAACUACUUUUAAUUCUCCCUUUGAUUCUUCCUAGUAUCUAUUGUUUGGGGUAUUCAGAGUAUAAUGUGGGAUUGUGGGAUGUAGGCUGUAUAGGUAUGACCUCAUUGUUAUGACCUGCUUGGUAAUGAAUAAUUACAAAUGUGGUCCCAGAAUUUGUCUCAAUCUGUCAGAUUACUUAAAGAUAUUAUCAUAUAGUAUUCUUUUCCCCAAUAUUUUCUUUAGAUUUCAAUACUCUUUUUUAUUAAAACUUUAUUUUUAGAACAGUUUUAGAUUCAUAGCAAAAUUGAGAAUAUGCAGAGAUUUCCCAUUUCACCCCUGCCCCCACCACACAGGCAUAGCCUCCCCCAUGUCAACAUCCUCCACCAGUCUUAUUUUGUUACAGUUAUUGAGCUACAUUGAUACACUAUAAUAAUCACCCAGAGUCCAUAGCAUAUGUUAUGGUUCACUCUUGCUGGUGCACAUACUGUGGGUCUGGACAAAUGUAUAAUAACAUGUAUCCAUCAUUAAACUAUUACAAGAGUAUUUUCAUUGCCCCCCAAAUUCUCUGGGCAUCAUCUCACCUAGUCAACCCCACGCUACCCCUGACAACCACUGGUCUUUUUACUGUCUCCAUAGUUUUUCCAUUUCUAGACUCAUAGAGUUGGAAGUGAAUAGUAUAUAGCCUUUUAGAUUGUCUUCUUUCACUUAGAAUGUGCAUCUCACUCAGUAACAGGCAUCUCCAUGUCUUUUCAUGGCUCAAGAGCGCAUUUCGUUUUAGUGCCUAAUGGUAUUCCAUUGUCUGGAUGUACCACAGAUUAUCCAUUCAAAUUCAGUCCAUCCAAAUUUUGGCAAUUAUAAAUAAAGCUGCUGUAAAUACCUGUAUGUAGGCUUUUGUGUGGACAUAUGUUUUCAACUUCCUUGAAUGAUUACCAAGGAGCAUGAUUGAUGGAUUGUACGAUAAGAGUUAUUAGUUUUGUAAGAAACUGCCAAAUUGUCUUCCGAAGUGGCUGUACCAUUUUGCAUUCUCUCCAGUAGCGAAUGAGAGUUCCUGUUGCUCCACAUUCUUGCCAGCUUUGGGUGUCAGUGUUCCAGAAAUUUGGCCACUCUAGUAGAUGUGCUGUGGUGUCUCAUUGUUCUUUUUUUUUUUUUUUUCUACACUAUCAAGUUAGGAUGACAGUGUUUAAAGUAUUAUUUUUUGAUUGCUAAAUUUUGUCCAUUUUUGCUUUAUGUAUCUUGAGACUGUUUCACUAGAUGCAUACAAAGUUAGAAUUUUUUAUCUUCCUGGUAAGUAUAAUGUUUACCAUUUCAUAGGGAUUCUCUUGAUUCUAAAUAUUCAUUUAUUAAUUAAAGGUGGCCUUUCAUUGUUUCUUUUGGUGAAUAGUUGCCUGGUGUGUGUGUGUGUGUCUGCACACACACAUAUAUACAUAUAUUCAUAUGCAUACAUACAUAUCCUUUAAUUUCUGUGUCCUUUUAGGAAUGUCCCUUGUAAAUAACAUGACCUGAAUUUUACCUUAUAUCCAAUCACUGGUAAUUUCUUUCUUGCCUGAAAAAUUUAAUCUAUUAAUAUUCAGUAUGAUUAUAUUAAAUUUGUUUCUACCAUCAUG